AUGCGACCGAUACCGGGCGGCGACGCCCUCACUCCUGCUGUUAAGCCGCGCUCUCGCAAGUCGAGCAUCGACCCGGUUGCCCCUGUAUCCCAUGUACCCACUUCCUUCGUCUUCAAACGAUUCGAGGACCUGGAGCAGACCGCACCUCCGCUUCAUGCUGCAACCUCUUCGGCAAGGCACGAGGAUCACGGCACUUACGGAGUGCAAAGUCUCGCAGACACACUCGAAGCUGCAUUUGGUCCCGAAGAUGCGCCAAAGCGCACCGACUCGCUCAAGGCAGAGAGAACAAAGGGCCAUGCUGCAAAGAGCCCAAGGCCGGUGUCGCAUGGCUCGUCGAUUGAUUCAGCAACGUUACCCGAGGACACCAGGGCAAACAAGACUUGGAAAUUGAAGAGAAAUCAUUCCAACCACGGUUCCUAUAUACCCUUGAAGCUGCCUGGCGCAGACGUGUCCUCCUCAUACCCUACUUCUGCCAUGCCUAGUACACCGACGUCUGCUUCGAUAACAUCGCUCAAACUGUCCGACGAGGAUUCCAUCAUGGAUGAAACUGUUAGUCAAGCUGCCAUGUCCAGCGCAGGCGAGGAGGACCAUGUCGAGAUACAGCAGGAUGGCCUAUCUUUUCCACAACUUGUCAUGCCCGUAAUGCAAAUGCCGACAAGACGACCUUUUACGACAAAAGGCAAGGCUAUGAGUAAACUAAAGUUGAUGGUUGUAGGCGAAACAGGAGUCGGCAAGUCGUCUCUCGUUCGAUCCAUCGUGCAGGCAUGCGAAGACAUUGUACACGUAGAUCCUCUACCAACCCCCCAAUCAACCUCACGGCCACGUGCAUCUAGAUCCAAAUCCCGUGCAAGCAAGCCAGCACAUGCAGGUACCACACGAGUGACAGAGAUUCAUGCAAGCACGAAGCCCUACCCGCAUUGGUGGACUGAUUUGGACGACUCUCGUGCGCCGAAGAAGAGAAAGGGUACUAGUGAUAGUGUUCUGGAGAGGAACAUUUGUUUUGUUGAUACACCCGGAUACUUCCCAGGACCGACAGAAGCAGACGACAUAGGCACCGUUGUCAACUACGUGGAAUCUCUCUUUUACCAGACUUCUUCAGUUGUAUCACUGGAAGAUAGCGAUGCGCUCGGACUUGUCAGCGGUAAUGGCGGCGUCCUUGUGGACGUUGUAAUUUACCUACUAGCGCCUGGCAAAGACAUCAGCAAGGAUAUUGAGUAUAUGCAGCGUUUGUCAUACCUCACCAACGUCAUUCCCAUUAUAGCGAAAUCGGAUACCCUUUCUGCGCACGAGGUUGUAGCAUUGAAGACCUCCAUCCUCGCUCAGUUACAAACGACCGCCUUUAGACCCUUUUUCUUUGGAGAAACUAUCGAUGAUGCGUUACUUAAUGUGCAGGGCCUCUCUCUACCAAAGACUCCAGUAUCUAGUGCUUCAAGCGAAGAGAACCAGUAUCCCUUUACGACAUCCACCUAUCCAUACGCAGUAUCCUCUACUCUUGGCCUGGACCAUGAUAACAUGGAUGCAUCGCUGCUUAUGUCGCCAGACUAUGUGCAACCUCUUUUGCCUUCAGAGUUGACAGCACUAGUGAACCAAAUAUUCGACCCCGAGUCUAUUACUUGGCUUAGACAUUCUGCAGCAAAGAAAUUCGUGGCAUGGCGGCAUAGGGUAAAGCUUCCUGGCGAGUCGAUCAUGGUGCGAAGCAUCGCUCAACCACGCAGUCCAACAACAGCAUCGAUAGGACUCAACGGAGCUACUUCUAAUCCAUCUCUAGCAUCUUCCGUCUUCUCCGCCACCUCACCAUCAGGUGUCCUAGUACCCGGCUCAGGAUCGCCCUUCUACCCUUCAAACCUCCAAUCCCCAAUCCUCGCCUCAUCCACAUCCCUCGCCAACUCGGAAGCCCUCGAGCCCCCACCCAACUUCUCCCUAGCGCGAUACGGUCACGCUCCGCAAGGCGACCAACGUUUCAGUGAAAUCCGAAUUGCAAGAUGGGCCACGGAUCUCCAGCGCAGCCGCCGCAACGAACGCGACCGCUUCGACGAACUCCAAAGCAAAGAACGCGCCAGAUGGAUGCUUGAAUGCGUCAACGAAGAAGCUGCCAAAGGCUCACUAGUUGCAACAUCUCCUGGUGCGGCGCCCAGAGCCGAAUGGGCAAUGGUUAGACACGGUGAUGAGAAAAAUACGCGCGGUAUUGGAAAUCGCUAUGCUAGAGCGAUGGUUGGACUUGAUUCCCGCGAUCCCCUUGGGUUGUGCAAUCUCAGCGACGAACUUAAGAGAAGGAGCUAUGCGCUUGUCAAGGUCCUUGGGGGUGUUAGUGUCCUUGGUGCUGUUAUUAAAGUACACCAAACGCGUGUAGAUUUUGAGUACACCAAGAUCCUAUAA